GCUUUCGCUUUGCCAAACAGCGCCUCUUAGCUGUGCUCAAAUCGCUGUAAAGCACUGCAUCGAGUGGCUUAUUGCUUGAUUUCAGACUUGCCUUGUAUCUUCAACAGCACAGUCUCCUGCUAAACAACCACUCCUGUCACACGCAAGCGUGAAAUCUGACGUGAUGCUUUUGCCACCGUUCCGUUCAACCGAUUGUUGGGAACCUCCCUUCAGACAGUCGUGCGUAUGCGCUGUUAAGGACACAACCGCAUUGUCAGAGCAGUAUUUAAACAGAACCCAGCGAUUACCAGACAGAAACCAAUAGGUAACUUGAUCUGGAUUGAUUUCCUGUGGCAAUGUAAAGAUGGCGAGAGUGCUUCACAACUUGCUGUUAUUUCUAAUCAGACUUGCGCUGAAAAUUCGAGUUUUGGGGUAUUGGUCAUUGAUAUACGGUUAUUGUGCUCUUUGCACCACCGUAGCCCUGCUGAAACUUUGGUGGAACAUCAUCUUAAGGCCAACAACAACCUUCCUAUGGGGGGUUCGUGAAACUCCUCCGGCUUGUCUGAAUGACACGUCCUUGGGAACCCACUGUUAUGUUAGGAUCAAGGAAUCUGGCCUUAGGUUUCACUAUGUUGCUGCUGGAGAGAGAGGAAAGCCGCUCAUGCUUUUUUUACACGGCUUCCCUGAGUUCUGGUUCUCCUGGCGCUACCAGCUACGUGAGUUUAAGAGUGAAUUCCGUGUAGUGGCCAUCGACAUGCGGGGCUAUGGGGAGUCCGACUUGCCUCUCUCCACUGAAAGUUAUAACUUCGACAACCUGGUUACAGAUGUCAAGGAUAUCGUGGAGUACCUAGGAUACAACAGAUGUUGCCUUGUCGGCCACGACUGGGGCGGUACCAUAGCAUGGCUGUUCGCCAUUCACUACCCAGAGAUGGUUACAAAACUCAUCGUCCUGAACAGCCCCCAUCCUUCUGUGUUCUCAGAUUACGCUCUGCGUCACCCAAGCCAGCUGCUGAAAUCCAGUCAUUUCUUCUUCUUUCAACUGCCCCGCUUCCCGGAGCUCAUGCUCUCCAUCAAUGAUUUCAAGGCUCUGAAGGCCUUGUUCACCAGCCGCAGCACAGGGAUCGGAAGGAAAGGCCGAUGGCUCACUGCCGAGGACUUGGAGGCCUAUCUGUAUGCACUCUCACAGCCGGGAGCUCUGACUGGAGCCCUCAACUAUUACAGGAAUGUCUUCAGCUCCCUCCCCCUGAGCCAAAAUCAUGUCAGGUCACCGGUGCUGCUGCUGUGGGGUGAGCGCGAUGCCUUCUUGGAGCAGGAAAUGGCAGAGGCCUGUCGCCUCUACAUCCGAAAUCAUUUCCGUCUCAACAUAAUUUCUGGGGCCAGUCAUUGGCUGCAGCAGGACCAGCCUGAUAUUGUGAACACCCUCAUAUGGACCUUCCUCAAGGAGGGAGAGGGACGCAAAAGCCACAGGAACUAAAUCCACAGCAAGGCCUCCUCCUGCCCUCCCUCUCGCUUGCCACACCUGGAAGCCUGGAAUAUGCCUGUGAUACCAAGCAACAUAGUAAUAAUGCAAUCAUUCUUUAAAUCUUUCAAAUAUUUUUUUAAAGAAGUCAGUAGUAAAGGAAAUAAUCAAAGCACACUUUACUGGAGAGGACACAGAAGUCAGCAGUAAGGUAAAGAAUCAAAGCACACUUCACUGGAAAGGACACAGAGCAGUAUGUUUGACACAUAUUCAAGAUGUUUUUGCACAUGACAUCCGCCUUAAAGUUUGUCAGUUACAGCAUUACAAAUGUUUGGCAAAAUCUCCUUGUGACUUGUAUUGUGUGGUGCCUUUAUACUUUCGAGUAAAGAUUUCCUGAGAGAUUGGGAUGUAGCGUUGUCUGCUAUACUUAUAUAUAUCACUGGGUCACUCCACUCGUCUUCGGGCACAGUCCUUGGGGAGCCAUAACUCUCCAACUCCCUUUAUCAGGUAGUGUUGUCUAAAGGAGUUUUCUUUUUUGUAUUUCUUUCCUCAGAGAUACUCAAAUGUAGAGAAUGUUAUUGUUAUUAUGAUCUUUCUGUAUAUAAAUGUCAGUGAUGGUUGACUAUUGUACUAUUUUGUAUCUAUUCCUACACACUGCAUUUUGGAAUUCACUGAGCCAGGUCUACACCAUUUGAUUUUAUAAAUAAACUAAGUGUCAAUAUGUUGGACUACA